AUGCCUGCCGCGCGUGGUGUGUAUGGCAGCUCACCAACGCGUGCGGUGCGUGCCAAGGUGACCGAAGGCCUCCCUGUGCGCACACGAGCCGCUACCACCACCACGUCUACAAAAGCAAGUGACCCGCCUCCGGGUCGUUUGUAUCGGCAAGUACGUCCACUGGACCGUCCCGCCCACGCACCCAUUCCUCGACCGCCUGCGACCGAGCGAAUUGAUGUGGCAACUCUUGAGAGUGAAGUGGGCGAUGGCUCAUUUGUAUUGGAGCCUGACGAUAGACAUGGACCUGACUCAGUGCAGGUGCAUGUGCGACUACGCCCGACAACAGAUGACGAGGAAUGUGCGUGGCAGACAGACGAGAGGAAUGCAACACUGAUGCUCGACGACCGUCUUGCUGCUACCAAAGGUCCGCCUCAUGUAGGCGUGUCGUACCAGUUUGACGGACUGCAUACGGGAAGCUCGAAUGCUGAUAUUUAUGCAACGCUGGCACGCCCAUUGGUGCAUUCCGUGCUCCAUGGGUAUCAUGGUGUAAUAUUUGCUUACGGUCAAACAGCUAGUGGUAAGACAUUUACGUUGUCCGGUGACGAGGCCGGCCUAGAGCCAGGAGUAAUCCCUCGUGCGGUACAGGACCUCUUCCAGGGUAUCUGUCAGGGCUCGGCGCAGCGCGAGUUCCUGCUGCGUGUAAGCUAUUUGGAGAUAUGGAAUGAAGUUGUCAAAGAUUUGCUCGAGCCCAGUAACCAGCCACAGGUGCGCGAUGAUCGCCGGCGUGGCACACAUGCUGUGUCAGUUGCACCGCUCCAUGAGGCUGUGGUAACUUCGCCUGCCCAGGUAUUCAAGCUGUUAGCGCGCGGUGAGGCCAAUCGCCACAUGGGUGAGACGGACUGGAAUGAGCGGUCCUCACGCAGCCACACCUGCUUCAAAAUCACAGUGGAGUCGUGGGACCGCACGCCUGGCGCGCGUCGUCCGUACCGACUUAGCGAGCUCUCGCUCAUUGAUCUGGCAGGGUCGGAGCGGUACUCGGCGCAGCGCACGCACCGCCGUGCCGAGGGCGGCAACAUCAACAAGAGUCUUCUGAGUCUCGGUAAGGUCAUCUAUGCCCUCUCCGAGAAGCAGGCACGAGCGCCGGGCAGUGCAGGAACCGUGCACAUACCGUAUCGCGACUCGAAGUUGACCCGUAUUCUGCAAAACAGUUUGAGUGGUCAAGCACGCAUCGCCGUGGUAUGCACGCUCAAUCCCAGCCCUGCUAUGGUUGAUGAGAGCCUCGGAACUCUCAACUUUGCACGGCGGAUCAAGCACGUUGCGGUGCGGGCGGAGGUGAAUGAGUUCGAGGGCGAGGUGGCCAGCGCUGGCGCGGCUGCGCCCUCAUCACCUGUGCUGCUUGCGCGUUACCGCGAAGAGAUGGAUGCCUUGCGUGCGCAAGUGGACAGGCUACAGGGUCCUCGCGCCGUGACCAACAAGGGACAGCCCUCGCUGCAUGCAGUGCAGGCACGUCUGGACGAGUUGGGCGCGCUGAUCCUGCAUGGCGGUACACCGAUGCCCGACUCGGACACAUGGCAUCCUGUAUCGCCGGCCAAGCAACGUGGCUUUACCCUGGACGAUCCGCUACCGCGCGUGCAGGAAAAGCUGCAUGCAGCAUUGACCAAGAUCAGCCGUCUGGAGCGCAAGCUCGCAGCGCGACUUUCUCUCCCUGGAGACGCGCAGUCACGCGACGAAGGAAAGGAUAUGCUUAUUCGCGAUCUCAUGCAGCAGGUGCGCGAGCUUGAGACGGUGUGUGAGGCGCAGGUUCGCGAUGCGCCCCAGCCGAUGCGCGAGGAAGUUGAGGCGGAGUGGGCGGAAUUAGUGGCCGCGGCACAGGCCGAGACCCAGGGGCGCGACGCGUUUAUUGCCGAGCUACAUGCCGAGUGUGCGCGUCUGCGACGUGCGAACGAGGCACUGACGCGUCUAGUACACGAGCAAACGGCCGAUAUGGUGCAGCAGCUGUCCGCCAAGGAGAACGAGAACCGUGCUUCGCGACCGGUUCUUUCGCUGUUUGCUCCGCAGCUGCGUCCGGCCACGGUUCUGGGAACACAUGCACCGCCCGCGACCGACCUCAGUAUCGACGACUCGGCGAGUGAGCGCCUAUCGACGAGUGAUGUAGACGAACUGCUAGAGGAGGCAGAUUCCUUGUAG